GUUCAGCUCAUGUCGAUAUAAGAGCUAUCAAUUUGAACUCUUCCCCCACUUCUCCAAGUCUCCGGGGAGUUAUCCCCCACUAAUGCACCCCGCAGAACUUCCAAAUAAUGUUACUAUUUUCAAAUACCCCUAUGACAUCUAUAUAUGUCUUUCAUAUUUAUAGAAUCUGGAGAUACAAAUUGGAACCUGCCCUCUAGGUAGAUAUACCGUAAGCUUAAAGGAGAAAAUCUCAAAUUCGAAACCAACGAUAAUCCGUAUAAGUGUAUCGAGCAUUAGGGAAUAGCCAAUACAUCUAGACAUGGCAUCCAGUGAACCCGCAUAUGAUCCUAAGAGGACAGGAUCAUGGCUCAUCUGCACAGCUUGCGGGACACAAUUUCCCACCGCGAACAGGCUAGAGUUGAAAACGUGCUUUAUCUGUGACGACCCUCGUCAAUUCACGCUACCAACUGGUCAAGCUUUCACCACUCUUAAUGAUAUUCGUACAAUUGCCGAAAACGUAUGGACACCCUUCGAAAGUGACGACAGGUUCACAUCUAUCCAUACGGAGCCCAAGAUAGGCAUCGGUCAGCGGGCCAUCCUGAUCAAAACUCUAAAUGGUAACGUCCUUUGGGAUUGUCUCACUCUCAUCGAUGACGAGACCAUCAACAAGAUUAAAGGUUUAGGUGGUCUGAAAGCUAUCGUCAUCUCUCAUCCGCACUAUUACUCGACACACGUAGAAUGGGCCCGCGCUUUCAACUGUCCUGUCUACCUAGCUACCGAGGAUAAGCAAUGGACGACGCAGAGCUCAUCGUACCAGGUCUUUGUGGAGGAAACAGAGCUUGACUUACAGAUCGAUGGCAAGUCUUCCGGGGUCAAAGCCAUCAAGCUUGGCGGUCACUUCCCAGGAUCUUUUGUGGCAUUAUACAAGGAACACCUACUCAUCGCCGACACACUAGUCACAACGCCUUCGGGGCUAGGCAGCUGGGAUACGGAUGCCGUAGGAGCUGCGCGGACCCGGCCAGCGGGUCUGAAUAGCUAUUCGUUCAUGUGGAGUAUUCCGAACAUGAUCCCUUUGGCCCCGGACGAGCUGCAGCGGAUGUGGAGUAUACUUAAGAAAUACGACUUCAGCUCUACGCAUGGUGCGUUCCUCAAGAUGGAUAUUUUGAAGACCGUGCCCGAGAUGAAGCGUAGGGUGCUGGAGAGCAUGCAGAUCCAGAUUAAGUAUAUGGGUUAUGGCAACCAUGCGUUUCUAAAGGAAACCAUAUCAUAGAGGAAAAGGGGAGAAGCAGCUUGAAUUAAUCUGGACUUCAACUUGUAAUUAGACACGGAGAGUUUAGUGAGCACUAAGAAGGACAUUCUAAUGAUAUCAAUAAAUCUAGA